AUUUUAGUAACUUCAAGCGUAUCAUUAAGUAAAACUACGUAUUUUGUAAGAACAAAUGUAAUAGAAUGAAACUGGCGAAAUAAAUCGUCCAUUUCUGAUAAUAAUUGUGAAUUCCCAACUGACGAAGACAUUGAACGAAUCUGCAUGACUGCUCUCGAAGAAGCACGAAAUGAUAGUCGCUUGCUAGGAAUCACAAUAGACUGUACGGAUAAUGCCUGGUCGAAAAUUAAUAUCAACGGUAGGUGUCCCGAAAACGAUGUGAUCCAAACUGCUGACAAGGACAUUCCUGUAAACGAAGCAUUAUUAAAUGAGAACGAAGCUGAAAUUCAAGAUGAGUACUUACAUGUGCAAAAUUAUGCAGAAGACGAGAAUGAAAGGUCAUCGGGUAUUGCAGCCCAAAUUUAUACAAGAGCCAAUGAAAUUACGGAAUUAGCGAUCGAAGAUGAAAAUCAAGAAGAAAGUACUGCAGACCUCGUUGCAGACCAUGACUCAUUGCUUAAUUUAAAUGACGACACACUGAAUUUGAAGUAUUUUGAUACAAAAGAUGACGUUGAAAAUGGACCUUUUGUGAAAAUAGUAGUCGGAAAAGAGGUGAAGUCAAUACGGAACACAACCUUAUGUUGGUUUUUGGAUCAAAAACAACACAGAAUCAGUACCGAUCGGUUGACGAGAUUCAAAACAACACCUUUUGGAGCAUCCAACACUCGUCCUCGGACUCGUCUAUCAACAUCCCAUCCAAAUGCUGCCCCAUCGGCAAAAGUCCCAAAGAAAAACAGAAACCCAAACAGAAAUCAUGCCUUCGAAAAUACUUCACUUCAAGCUUCUCUUGAUUCUAUGGAAAUAAUAGUUGAAGAAUAUUAUGCUGUUUUCUACCCAGAUAAAUGGUACUUGGGUAGAAUAUUGCAUAGUACAGAAGAUGGAAUAGCGACGAACGACGAGGCGUUGGUGGAAUAUUUUCUAUGGUACGAUUCAGAUGCAGGGGGUCGUUCCUAUGACAAUUUGCGACCAGGACCGCCAAAAUAUUCACAGUUUGUAUAA